CAGCCCUGCCAUCCCUAACGGCAAUUCGAUUAAGUUGGCAGCUCCGCCGAAGCUUUAUUCUUUGUGGCAUGUUAUUUCCCUCUUUUGCGUCGUCCUUCAAUCAAGCAACAUGUCUGGCGGAGGUCACAAAACCACUCAACGCCACAAGGCCGCUACGCCUCCCAAAGAGUACGUGGUGGAGAAAAUCGUAGGCAAGCGCUACGUCUCAGGGCGUCCCCAGCUGCUGAUAAAAUGGGUUGACUUUCCGGACGAGGAAAACACCUGGGAGCCGAUGGAAAACCUAGGCAACUGCGUUUCCCUUGUCACGGACUUCGAGGCGGAGCUCUUCAGGCGGCUGAAUGUGCAGCGCCAGCGGGAAAUCUCUGCGGAACUCGAAAAGGACUUGGAGCCCAGUCCCGCUACCAGCGGGUUGCAGGCAACGCCCAAAUUGAAACAGGCCAAGAAGGAAUCAUACCCGAACAAUAAAGGAAAGCCAGAAAUUGGCAAACAGGCUGAUCCGAUAGCAACUAUUAAGAAUCUACCCAAAACUUAUGAAGAGAUGCCUAGCUGUAGCCGUGCUAGCGAUGGUUCUAGGGAAAUCUGUAAUCGUCAACCACCUGACUCGCCAACUUGGACGGUAAAGAUUCCUAUUGACCAACUCUUUUCAAACGAUUUGGACUUAAGCGAAUCCAGUGACGAUGACACACCAUUAGCAACAGCCCUUUUCUUCAAAGGGGCAGCUGGAUCACCAAAACAAGAAACUCCAAAGGCAAGCAAUCCACGCAAACUGGUGCCUGUGGUCCAAGAACUCACGCGACGUCGAGAAACCGAUCUAGCCCAGAAUUCAAACAAGAAAUUCGAUUCUGAUAUGUCCUCUUGUUCGUCGACAAUAUCAAUCUGUUCGGUGACGUCCUUAGAAUCACUGUCGAGUGUCUUGUCUUUGUCCGAAGACGAGGAAAAUAAAUCUCUGGCCGCACUCAAGGAUGAGGCUAUCAAGUUGGAGACCGUGGCAAAAUUUGGCGGUCUAGUAGGUGGCAACGAGGCUCUUCCGCCGGAGAACACUAAGCCUAAUAUUUCCAUUGAGUCCGACGAAUGCCUCGGCCAACCGAAUCGGAAGCAGAAAUUGUCGAUUAACAUAAUCGACGAAAAUGAAGAUUCCAUCGAUUCAGAGUUAGAGCGUAUACAUGGAAAUCUUUCCAAGCAGCAGAGCAACUUGAACUUCCCCGUGCCAGUAAUGCAGGCGCCAGGAAAGGAAAAGAAAGACAGCCAGUCGUCGAUGCGGCGGAUGAGCCAGACGAAGGACAACGAGGAUGUGGCCAUGCUGCUCUUAGACCAGCAGCAGAUAACCGAAAUUGAGUUACCCGGCUGCUCCGAUGCCAAGAAGGAUAUCAAGAAAAAUACGUCGGAGGAUCAGCAGGCAUCCAACAUGGCCAGCGCCACUUCGUUUUCGGGACGCAAGGGCAGCAAGUCCAGAAAGAAAAGAGAGGCUUGGAGAGUGCCGGAGCGCAAGGCACCGUUUGGAUUAAGCCGCGGCUUGGAACUGGAAAAGGUGCACCACAGCUUUCGGGUGCGCGACCAUUUCUUCCUGUUUGUCACCUGGAAGGGCUGCUCGAUUAUGGAUGCAGUGCUUAUCGAGGAAAUCAAGGAUUUAUAUCCAACGCAUUUAAUCGAAUACUUCGAGAGCUUGAAGAUCGUCGGCGACGAUGUUGUUCCUAACAAACCUAAAGAUGUCUAGUACCUGGUUUGUACAAUUGACCAGAAGCCGGACUUCUCAUCAUAAAACAUAAACAUAAUCAAACCCAAGUUCAGGGUCAUGGAAUAUUUCUUGGGAUGAACUCAAACGGAUUCAGUAUUUAUUAUUUGUUUUUCACAUAUAACUUCUUCAUUUGGACAACCUUAUUUUCUAUUUUAAGCGCUGAAGCUAUAACUCAAUCUUAAAUGUUUUUUUGUAUGAUUUUUGUUUUCUAUGGUAUUAGUUUAACCGUAACCCAAUACUCAUCAUUAUGUUUAAUAAACAUAUUUUUCACUUGACA